CUUGAUUUGCUCUCCGAGGUGUGUGCUUGGUUCAGCCUCUAAUAGAUCAAUCUGAUUAUAGUUUCCGUUUCCCUUAUCCCUUCGGAAUCGUUAAUUGUGUUUUGAUUCAGGAAAGUUGCUAACUUUAAUUUCCUAAAAUCAACUUCGAGAAGAGAGGAUCGCAAAUUACAUUUUACAAUCUCUCAAGCUCAAAUCACGGGAAGUCCAUGGAACAGUCUAUCAUCCCAGGCCUCCCUGACGAUUUAGCUUUACGAUGCAUAGCGAAGCUCUCUCACGGCCACCACGGAGCCCUCGAGUGUGUCUCCAAAGGGUGGAGAGACUUACUUCGCAGCACGGAUUACUCCUGCUUCAAAGCUAGAAACGGAUGGUCAGGGACGUGGCUGUUUGUUCUCACGGAACAGUCUAAGAACCAAUGGGUUGCUUAUGACCCUGAAGCUGAUCGUUGGCAUCCUUUGCCUAGAACUAGAGCUGUUCAAGAUGGGUGGCAUCAUUCCGGCUUCGCAUGUGUUUGCGUUUCGAAUUGUUUGCUUGUGAUUGGGGGCUGUUAUGCGCCUUCCGUGUCUUCGUUUCCUCAUCUGAAGCCUGUUGUUACUGGUGAUGUUAUGCGGUUUGAUCCGUUUAAGAAAGAGUGGAGGAUGGUUGCUAGUAUGAGGACGCCGAGGACUCACUUUGCUUGUUGUGCUGUCUCUGGGAAGGUUUAUGUUGCUGGUGGUCGGAAUUUGACGAAUUCUAGAGGGAUUGCGUCUGCUGAGGUUUAUGAUCCUGUCGCUGAUAGGUGGGAGGAGUUACCAGCAAUGCCUAGACCACAGAUGGACUGCUCAGGGCUAUCAUACAGAGGGUCCUUUCAUGUUUUGAGUGAUCAGGUGGGAUUUGCAGAGCAAAGUUUCUCUGAAGUCUUCAAUCCAUUAGAGAUGAAAUGGUCAACUGUUGAGGAUAUCUGGCCUUUCUCUAGAGCCAUGCAGUUUGCUGUUCAGGUGAUGAGAAGUGACCGAGUGUACACGAUUGUGGAUUGGGGAGAGAGCUUGAUCAAGACAAGGGAUACAGAUGAAGGAGAAUGGUACAAUGUUGGUGCAGUUCCUUCUGUUGUUCUUUCUAAUCAUCCGAGAGAGUUAGAGGCCUUUGGAUACGGAUUUGCAGCUCUGAGGAAUGAGCUAUAUGUUAUAGGAGGGAAGGUUCUUAAAUGGGAAGAAACGGGUGCAGGGAGAUUUGACAUUGUGAGAUUGUCUGUGGUGAGGGUAUGUAACCCUUUGGAUAGGCCUCUGCAUUGGAGAGAGACCAAACCAAUGUGCCUUCCUGCUGGUGGGUCCAUCAUUGGUUGUGUGUCCUUGGAAGAAUCUUCUCAUUAGUAUCUGCUUUAAGCUGACUAAUAUUCAUGGAAUGUGCGUGGAAUCUAUUCAUGGAGAGUGCAUCUGCAAGUUGCCGGAUAGAUUAACCUAUAAUAUUAUAUCUUUGGAGUAAGAAGCUUCUGUAUGAAAUGGUUGCAGCAAGAUGGUUACCAGUGGAUUGCCAGGGUUAGAGAAGAUUCAUGUUUUCUCUGUUAUUUGAGUGUUAGAAAAUGUAUCUUUUGUUAUGUGUCCAUUGUAGAUACCCAGAAUGAUUCAUGUGUAUGCUUCAAAUACGUUAAGAGAUUAAAUAAGAGUGAUACAAUAGUUUUCUU